AUGGCUCCAAUAGUCUCCCAGCAGCUGAUUCAGUCACUGAGCCAGCAAUGGCCUUGUCGCGAGCUCCAGAUUCGGCAACUUGCAAGCCUACUUAGCCCUACGAUACCUAGUCCAGCAACGUUGGUUGUCCACGGUAUCUCUGCAACUUGCAAGUCGACAAUCGUCCGCGCCGUGCUCUCAUCUCUCGAUGUACCCCAUGCGAUCGUGAAAAGCGCAGAGUGUAUAACCGGACGACAUUUGCUCACAAAGAUCCUACUGACGGCCCUUGAGUCGUUAGGUCUUAAAGAUGAGUGGGAGAAGUUUGGCAAGGGGAAAUGCGAGCAUGCCAGUUCAUUGGCGGUGCUGCUGGCCAACGCUCUGGAAUCGAAGAUGGGGAAGGUCCAGAAGUUCGUAAUAGUUUUGGACGGUAUUGACAAGCAAAGAGAGGCGCCAUAUACUAUGUUGUCGGCAUUGGCGAGGUUGGGUGAAGUGAUACCAUCAUUAUCCGUUGUCCUCAUAGUGGGAUCUACACCGCGACCCCUCUUCCUACAUUCAGCAGCAGUGCCUCAUAUCAGUUUCCCUCCUUACACUAGGACCGAAGCUAUCACGAUUCUCACUGCCGCAGAACCACCGCAUGUGGACGGUCUCCCCGCAGAAGCUGCUUCGAAGCUCUAUCCCCAUUUUGUUUCUACCAUCUAUGAUUCUUUGGUUGGGCCUACUGCUGGAACGAUCCCAACUUUUCGGUCUAUAUGCGAGAGACUUUGGCCUCGUUUUGUCAGUCCCAUCGUGAAUGGGGAGAACCCCCCUGGAGGCAGCCGGGAAUGGGACUUUCCGCGGCUGCUUGUGAAGAAUCGAUCGCUUUUCCGACAGCAGGGUGAAUCUGCACUUGUUCAUCGCAUCGUUCCGGAAGGCUCGUCGACUGGGAAGGUUUCAGCCCCAGCACCCUCACCACUGCCUUCAUUACCUUAUUUCCCGACUUUAAUCCUAACUUCCGCCUAUGUGGCAUCUCAUACACCUCCUCGUCUAGAUACUAUCUUCUUCUCGAAAUUCUCCUCGUCGUCUCUGUCCGCACGGAACAAACGGUCACACCACAGACGACGCUUGAAGCUGCUCUCCCAGGCGCGAGCGGAAGACAGCCGAGACGAUUCCCAGGAUCCUUCAACCCCUAGUAAAAAGGGGAAGCGUCAAAAGACGCGCAUCACCAAAUCGACACUUGAAUCCGCGUUAGCUACAUCAUCCGCUACGACAUCAGCUAGCAAAGGAAUCACGGGGCCUUCUACCAUUCUCACCGCUAGACCAUUCCCUCUAGAACGACUUAUCGCCGUCUACCGUGCCAUUGACCCCAAUCCUCCCGCUAAUCCUAUUCGCGCAGCAUCAGUGGCGGACGCAAUCUAUGCAGAGCUCGCGACUUUGCGACGUUUACGGCUGGUGGUGCCCUCCUCAGGCGCGGCUAGCAGCAGUGGAGGAACCGCAGACACGGGAGAGAAGUGGUGCGUCAAUUUCUCUGGAGACUGGAUCGGCGAUCUAGCGAAGGGAAUCGGCGUCGAGGUCGGAGAAUGGUUAGUUGGUGGUUUGGACUGA